AAAGAUUCUGGAACAUCACCUGGAACAGUAUCUGCACAACAGCAAAAAGGCAUGUUAAGAAAGCCAACCCCAAAAAGAUCUCCAAACACAAGCAAGCAAGAAACCAUUCACAACUACACAACUCCAACCAAAACAUUGGCUCAGUUUACAACCUUGGGAAACUCGUACAUCUAG